UUACCUGCCUGUUAUUUAACAGAGGAAGUCGAUAGCUUCUUACAUAAACGAUAGUCAGAUCGUGUUUUAAUUAUUUUUAACAUGCGCCUGCAGUGACGGGAAUACUUUUUCCUGCAUAUUGUGUAAUAUAAAAGAGCCAAUGUCCAUGCGGUUGAACAGGAUCACCUAAAAAGAUUUAAGGAUAAAAUCACACGACAUAGGCAUUGAAAUGGCAAUGUUUGACCUAAAGAUGAAUACAGACUAUUCUCAUGUCAAUUCAGAUAAUUUUGAUGUGUUCCUUUCUCCACAUGUGGGAAGGUUGACAGAAAUAUUUAACAAAUAUCUUGAUGGAUUGGAUUUUAAAACAAAGGUCAAUCUUGCAGAUUUCGGAGCGAAUGACGGAAAAAAUAUAUUUCCGUUUCUAAAGAUAAUGAUCGAACUUAUUCGACGAAGAUCAGCAUCGUGUGAAAUAUAUGUAACAUUGAAUGAUCAACCUACAAAUGAUUUCACUGCUUUGGUUAAGAAUGUAGAAGAUUUUAAGAAAGAGAUAAAGGACGACUUCCUAGCAGUACACACUAUUCCUGGGAGCGCAUACCAACGCUGUUUACCUGACGAGACCAUCGAUAUUGGAACAUGUUCAUUGGUGUUGCACUGGCUUUCUGAGUAUGUUGUACUUGAAAAAGCAUUAUUUUACGUUCCUGGCAUGAUGGUAAGUAAUGAAGAAAGAACAAAGAUUAGAGGUUUAGCUGCAGAGGAUUUGAAAAAUUUCAUAAAGUCCAGAUCUACUGAAAUGAAAAAGGGGGCAAUUUUUUUCCUGAACAUACCCACUUAACCUCUGAAUGUAAAUAAAAUGUGUUCAUCCACGUUUUAUCAACUUUACCAAAGAAAUGUCAUAUCAAAGGAAGAAUUGAGGAAUACGUUUGUCCCUAUCUAUAACGCGAGAACAGAGUCUGAGGUGAAAACAGCAUUUGUAGAAUUCGGGAAAGAUAAUGGCGUGGAACUUCUGCAUUUUUCGCAGAGAAUAAUCUCAAUGUAUGAGAAUAAGGACCCUGUACGAAGUCUGAAAUCAUGGAUUCUUCCUAGUUUGAUGACCGGACUAUGUCAAACAAGAAGCAACGACGAAGCUGCAGAUGUUUGUGAAUUGUUCUUUCAUGAUUUGAGAAGUCGUUUCAGUGAUAUGAAAUGGGCAAACUGUAAAUUUUAUGAAGUGAUUUUUCAGAAACUGUAACCAUUUGCAAAAGGAGCACAAGGAAACUUAACGUCUUUAGCAACUUAAGCAUCAAAUUAAAAGGAGUAGUUCUUGGAAUAUUAACAAUACUUGAAGAAUAAUUCCUUAUUUCUUCAACAUUAGCUCAGUUUAAAUCACCAUUAUGUAGACAGUGCUCAAAGUACGAUGAACAAUAAUAUUAAUUUGCCGCUUGAAUUGUGAAUUUAAAUUUGGUAGUUUAUUAGUGAGUGUCUUUGAAGUUUUGUUAUGAAUUAAAAGGCAUGCGAUCUUGCUUGAAAUAAUGUAUAAUCAGACUCCACAUGUAGAAAGCAUAACGUUCCCAGUUUAAAAAAAAGAUUUUGUUAUGUAUGUAUUUCAAUUUACUUUAAUAACAGUACUAGACCUUUAGUUAGGCAUUUUUCUUUUUUUAUAUUAUAUUUCAUAAAUAUUAUAAAUAAUUUCGUUUUUACACAAUUGAAUUUUUUUUAUACUAACUAUACAAUCCUUGUAAAUAUUCAUUUAAUGCUCCUCGUGUGUUUAAUUAUGCAAUGCAUACAUAUACGUUGGUAGUAUACAAUUAUCUAGCUGCUGCGCAUAAAAGUCUGCAAUUUUACCCAAGAAAAGGCCAUACUAUUAAGCCAACGUUUAUCAAAAAUUAUCCACCUUUUUGGUUGACUGUAUGACACCGUUUGUUAAGUAACUUGGACGGGUCAGCUUGUGUGUUGACAACAGCAGUUUAAACACGAAUAUGGAUCCCCAAACCAGUUAAGCGUAUAAAUGUAAUCAAUAGCGGAAAGAUAAGAUAUAAUAGUUCUUGCAGCAUAGUCCCUAAAAACAGGUACUCAGUAUGCAAAAAUAUAUAUAUACUGGUAUAUGCUAGUUCACUGGAAGCUCAAUAAUUAACUCAUAUCUCUGUGACUAUCUUUAUGGCUGUCAGUCUUUUGACCAUUCGCUCUUCUAAAGAGCGAUUCAUAAUAAUUCAUAAAAUUUUGGAACCAUCAUUAAAUCACUGUGUAUUCUCUUACUCACUGUUUGCAAUGUCAAUUUAAUUCAAUGAGUAAUAUUUAUCAAUGAGGAGAAAAUGCUGCACAUCCCUUUUCGCCUGGCUGACUUUAUUGGUGUUCAAUAUAGAGUCCGCGUAGAUUAUCAAAAUCAACAAUAAAAUUAUGUGCUGUUAGAAAAUGCCAUAUCUUAUUUGUUUUAAGGUAUUGUGAUAUUUGGAACUUUUGUCAAUCAUUUAUUAGUUUACGAUGAUAUAACAAUAAUAAAUGUGUUUAGAUGCGGAUAUAAUCCACCUUUAGAGAAAUAACCAAGAUUACAAAAAUAAGUGCAUAAGAAUAUAUUUAGAAAAUUUGAUAUUGAUUACAAAAAAAACUUUCUGCUUUUCGGUUAUGAGGCGAAUCGUUUAUCAUCUUUUAUAACCAAUAUUGAUAUUAUGUUUCUCUGUUGUUGUUUUGCUCUACUUGUUUAAAGUUAUACUUUAAACUUAUGAGUUAUGCAAGAGUAAAGUUUGAUUGAUAAUGAAAAAUCCAUUCGUAAAAAGCCACCUUACACCAGCAUUAAUGAGCAAUGUGAAUAAAACUUAUAAUUUUUG